GUGAGCAGUGUGUCUUUAGAUGAGCGGCUGAAGCGCAUUCUUUAAUCAACAAUGUCAGAUUUUUUUAUUUACUUUUUUGCAUUUAAAUUGUUUUUAAUUAUAAUAUUUGCGACAAUCGCCUCGAUUGUACAAAUAUCAGCUGGGCCACUGGAUACAUGUACUUCAAAUGAGUUUAGGUGCCUUGAUGGAAGCUGCAUUGAUAAGCAAUUACUAUGCGAUGGUAAAAAGGACUGCCCAGAUUCUAGCGAUGAGGUCUUUAGUGCCUGUUACGAUGAAACCUGCAGUGGCUUCCGCUGCAGCUACGGCGGCUGCAUAAAUCUAAAUCUGAUGUGCAACAACGUUACCGAUUGUUGGGAUGCUAGUGAUGAAAAUAAAUAUAUAUGUUCGAGUGAGUCAACGAUGAUAGAAUUGCUGACGGAGCUGCAAGGUAACUGCACCGAUGAAUAUGUAAUGCAAUGCCCGAAAAGCAAUAAGUGCUUGACGUGGGGUCAGGUGUGCAAUGGCGUUGUCGAUUGCAAAAAGGGUGAAGAUGAGAAUUUCAGCCUGUGCGAAAGUACACAGUGUGUUCCAGAUUCGUUUAAAUGCGAAAAAGGAGGCUGCAUCAACAAAGAUAGCUUGUGUGAUCAAAUAAUCGACUGUGCCGAUGGCAGUGAUGAGUUGCCCGCAAUAUGCAUGAAGCUGCAUGCAAAUAGUUUAGUACAGAUGGAUGACAACCCAAACGUACCAUAUUGGACCACCAAGACUUGUUCUUUCGAUUCCAUGCAGAACAUACAUGUGUCUGAUUUCUUUACACAGUUUGCCUACAAGCCCGAUGGCCAGGUGCCAGACCAAAGCGUCGUAGAGAUGACUUGCGAUGAUGGAUACACAAUCUUUGGCCACAGCAUCAAUAGCUGCUAUAAUAGUAAAUGGACAAAUAAUGAUAUUUUGUGUAUUCGAUAUUGCGCGCCAAGCCCGUAUUCACGUAGCAUCGUCUACUCGACAAAGUGCAGCGAAAAAUUCGACGCUGUCGAUUGCAGUGACCGAUCACGCUUGGUGAACACUGAAUUGCUCGUGUCCUGCUCGCCAGGCUACAAGUCCGACUCGGGUCAUGAUCAAGUUGGUCGCCAUAUCUGCAAUGAGCAAGGCGGGUGGACUGUCGUCGAGGAGAAUCCCAUUUGUGUGCCGAUCUGUGGAGUAAAGUCAGCACAGCAUCCCGAUAUCACGCCUUGGACUGUGAGCCUGUUUCGGCGCUCCACAGGCAAAGAUGCGAUGCACACUUUCAGAUGCAUUGGCACCAUUCUCUCACCUUACAUUGUACUUACUGCCAACGCCUGUUUUUCGGAGGCUGAUGAAGUAAACUCACAUCUUUUCUUCAAAAUUGCUGAGGGCAAUCACAAAAUCAACUUCACAGAAGACGAGGAUCAUGGUUAUGUUCUACAUAAUCUCAUGGAAAUACAUCUUGGCUCAUUUGACAAGAAUCAUAUGGCAGCCAUACUCUCCCUGGUGAAGCCUUUUAGGUUUGGUGGCUUAGUUCGACCCGUUUGCUUGGCUCCAUCUUAUGAUGAAACGCAACCGAUGGAAAUCAAAGGAAUAUUCGACAGCGCUGAGCUGGGGAAGGGGUACACGGAAUAUGAGAACUCCAAGUACUAUCUAACAUACUUUGUGGCCAGCGAGUCACUUAAAUAUAGUGUACGAAGCUUUAUUUCGUCUAUCAAAGAUUAUAUAUCAAAGAGCGAGCAGGAUCCUUGAACAUUGAAUUCACUUUAUUAUAUUUUGAUUU